AAUGCACACAUCUGGUAGAGAUUCGGUCUCUGUAACGGAAAUAAAAAAAUUGUUAGUUGAUGGAAAGUGAUUGAAGAAGUUUAACACUUAGAAGAAAAAUUGAAAAUAUAAAAAAAAAAGUUUUAAAAAUUGAAGAUGACAAGAGACUAUUAGUAUGCUACUUCGGAAGUUUUAGUUUUUAGUUUAAAAAAAAAUCGAGACAGAGCAUCAGAGAAAAAUGAAAUAUAAAAAGUGGUAAAAACUCAGAAAUAAAAGAAGAAGAUUUUCUACUGAAGAAACGAUUUAAAAAGAGGAAAUCAAGACGAAUACAAAUUCUUCUUCAACCAAAUUACGAAUAUGAUGUCCCAACACAUAAACUCUAUGCUAGAGCACCUAAAAAUGGGUGGAAAAAAAUCGAAAGUAUCCAACGGUAAUCUCGAUCCGGUCGAUCAGAGUCAAUUGUAUAAAGAUUCAAACGGUGUCGACGAAGUGGACAAAAUCAGUGUGGUAAUAAAUGAUGUUAAAAAGACAAAAAAUCACGUCAAUCAUAAGGACGGUGGAUCAAAUUGUGACGCAAAUGCAAGUGACGAGAAAUUUGAUCCGCGUAAAAGAUUUAGUGUGCCCGGUGGACAGAAUCAAAAUGUGGUAGCAGUAAAGCAUGGCAAUGGAGACGUUCAGCAGUGUAGCGCCACUAAGGACCUCUUGGCAUCGCCAAGAAAUAUGCCGAGAAAGUUGUCACAAGAUCUAAGACGUGGAAUUAAUUUUCCAAUGGAUGAUGGGUUUGACUGUUCGAAAUAUAGAAAACCAGUGAAGUUGAAAAGCAUGAUUUCCCACUAUGAGACAUACGACUCGUUGCAUACUAAGGCAAUAGAGGCACCAAAUCAACCAUUAGCAUGCAACCGUUCGGUUUGUAUGGGAAGUGUGAUGUUCGGAGCUAAUUUUCAAGUGGCCCAGAGUGAAAUUCGUAAGCCGGAUGUUGUUUUAGAACAUGCAAAAAAUUUCUUGGAUCAAUAUUUUACUUCAAUCAGGCGUCCUAAAUCACAAGCAUAUGAAUCACGUUUGCAACAAGUGCAAAGCGAUAUUGAAUCGACGAACAGCUACCAUCUAACAGAAACCGAACUAAUUUACGGUGCUAAAUUGGCUUGGCGUAAUUCAGCGCGAUGUAUUGGCCGGAUUCAAUGGUCGAAAUUGCAGGUAUUUGAUUGCCGCUACGUUACAACAACAAGUGGAAUGUUCGAGGCGCUUUGUAAUCACAUUAAAUACGGCACGAAUAAGGGAAAUUUAAGGUCGGCAAUAACGAUAUUUCCACAACGAACGGAUGGCAAGCAUGAUUACCGUAUAUGGAAUCCUCAAUUGAUUUCGUAUGCAGGAUAUCGUUCAAGCUCUGAUGGAAGCGUAAUUGGUGAUCCCCAAAAUGCUGAAUUCACUGAGGUUUGUUUAAAGCUCGGCUGGAAAGGUAAAGGUACUGCAUGGGACAUACUUCCAUUAGUACUGUCGGCAAAUGGACAUGAUCCAGAUUAUUUUGAUUUACCUCCGGAUUUAAUUCUUCAAGUUCCAUUGAGUCAUCCAACAUAUGAAUGGUUUGCUGACUUGCAGUUACGAUGGUAUGCACUUCCAGCUGUAUCUAAUAUGCUGUUCGAUUGCGGUGGUAUAAUAUUCACAGCUACAGCGUUUAGUGGCUGGUAUAUGUCCACAGAAAUUGGAUGCAGAAAUUUGUGCGAUGUUAAUCGACGUAAUAUGCUCGAGAAAGUCGCAUUGAAACUGGAAUUAGACACCCGCACAUCAACAUCGCUAUGGAAGGAUAAAGCACUUGUUGAAAUCAACCUGGCGGUACUGCACUCAUUUCAAAGUCACAACGUAACAAUUGUGGAUCAUCAUACAGCCAGUGAAAGUUUCAUGAAACAUUUGGAAAAUGAAACGAAAUUAAGAAACGGCUGUCCGGCUGAUUGGGUAUGGAUUGUACCGCCGAUGUCAGCGUCCGUAUUACCCGUAUUCCAUCAGGAAAUGGUUGUUUAUUCAUUGAAACCGUCGUUUGACUAUCAGGAGGCUGCUUACAAGGUGCAUGUAUGGAAAAAGGACAGAGACAAAUCGAAAAGUAGAAAACCUCGACGGAAAUUCAACUUCAAACAAAUUGCAAGAGCCGUCAAAUUUACAUCUAAAUUAUUUGGUCGUGCACUUUCUCGUCGCAUAAAAGCAACUGUUUUGUAUGCAACGGAAACGGGCAAAUCUGAACAGUAUGCCAAACAACUGGUGGAACUUUUAGGACAUGCUUUUAAUGCACAGAUAUAUUGCAUGUCAGACUAUGACAUAUCAUCAAUCGAACACGAGGCUCUACUUUUGGUUAUUGCAUCAACAUUCGGAAACGGUGAUCCACCCGAAAACGGUGAAGAAUUCGCACAGGGCUUGUACGCCAUGAAAUUGCGGGAAAAUGAGGAAAAUACAACAGAUAAUCACAAAAGCAUCGCCGUGUCAUCUAAAUCCUUUAUGAAGGCCAACUCUAAAAGCGAUCUAACCAAAUCUUUGCAACAUCUCAAAAAAUUCGAUCGACUCGAAUCGUUGCGCGGCUCCACCACCACAGAUUCGUACAGUGAGGAAACAUUUGGACCAUUGUCGAACGUUCGAUUUGCCGUUUUUGCUCUUGGUAGUUCGGCGUACCCGAACUUUUGUGCAUACGGAAAAUACGUUGACAAUGUUCUGGGUGAAUUGGGAGGUGAACGGCUCACCAAGGUCGCAUACGGCGAUGAAAUGUGCGGUCAAGAGCAAGCAUUUCGUAAGUGGGCACCGGAAGUUUUUAAGAUUGCGUGCGAAACAUUUUGUUUGGACACUGACGACACAUUUUCCAGUGCAACAUUAGCACUUCAAGGUGAAUCAUUGACGAGAGACACCGUUCGAUUGGUGCCAGUAAACGAUAACACGUCACUGGAAAGGCAAUUAUCGAAAUAUCACAAUAAGAAAGCGGUCGUUUGUAAAAUAAAAUCGAAACCACGAAAUCUGCAUGGCAAUACGAAGAACAGUAGCGGCAAAUCGACGAUAUUGGUGGAAAUUAUCGCAAACGAUGUGGACUAUGAGCCCGGUGAUCAUGUCGGUAUAUAUCCAACAAACAGCUCGAUGAUUGUGAAUGGAAUUCUGGACAGACUGUGUGGCGUUGAUAAUCAUGACGAAGUGCUACAAUUACAAAUUUUAAAAGAAACACAUUCGACGAACGGUAUCGAAAAAAGUUGGGAACCACAUGAACGAUUGCCAGCAUGCUCGUUAAAAACAUUGCUGACGCGAUUUUUAGAUUUAACUACACCGCCGUCAAGACAGUUACUUACAUUACUAGCUUCAUUUUGUGACGAUAAAGAAGAUGAGGACCGAAUGUACUUGUUAGCCAACGAAUCAUCAGCAUACGAAGACUGGCGUCAUCACUUCCAACCUCAUUUGUUGGAAGUUUUAGAAGAAUUUCCAUCUUGUCAUCCACCUGCUUCGCUGCUAAUAGCCCAUCUGAUGCCAUUACAAGCAAGAUUUUACUCUAUAUCGUCUUCGCCGCGUAAAACACGAAACGAAAUCAACUUAACGGUUGCUGUCGUCAAAUACAAAACCCAAGACGGAGAAGGGGCGGAACAUUAUGGCGUCUGCUCAAAUUAUUUGGAGGGACUGGAACAGGAUGACGUUAUUUAUUUAUCGGUUCGCAAUGCGUCAAGCUUUCAUUUACCGGCCGACAGCUCGAAGCCGAUUAUUUUGAUCGGACCCGGUACAGGAAUAGCACCAUUUCGGUCGUUUUGGCAACAUUGGGAUGUUCUACGAAGCGAAGAUCCUGAUGCAAUCCUACCAAAGGUUUGGCUAUUUUUCGGAUGUAGAACCAAAUCGCUGGAUCUGUAUUGCGACGAAAAAGAAGAUCUUGUGGGCAGAGGAAUUUUGGACAAAGUCUUUUUGGCCUUGUCACGCGAACCGAAUACACCAAAGACAUACGUACAGGACUUAGCUGCUAAUGAAGCGGAUUCCAUAUACAGAAUAUUAAUCAAAGAAGGUGGUCAUGUAUAUGUCUGUGGAGAUGUUACCAUGGCAGAACAUGUCUAUCAGACGCUAAGAAAAAUUAUCGCCACCAAAGAAUCGAAAACGGAAUCGGAAGUGGAAAAAUAUUUGCUGUCGUUGAGAGACCAAAAUCGAUAUCACGAAGAUAUAUUUGGCAUCACAUUACGCACUGCAGAAAUUCAUAAUAAAUCCCGAGCAACAGCCAGGAUUCGAAUGGCAUCGCAACCGUAAAUAAUAACUUUCAGUUUGUUUGUUUUUCACUUACUUUAAGACUGAUUUUCAUAAAAAUGAAAUUUUUAAAUUAAAAUAAUUUAGUCAAUGAGUACAGCCAGCCAUUGGGCUCGAUUUUUAUUGUUUGCCUUUCAAAUUAUAUAAAAAACGAAAUUUUAUGUUCGAAUAGGGGACUGUAAAUAAAUGAAUCACAAUAAAGGAUUCAAUUUUAUGUUAACUCUAAGUUGCUUCGAUUUUGAUUUUUCGAUAACUUAAAGUCGCGACAGUUCAGUCGGAAAAAUGAGUGUUGCGAAUGAAUAUCGAGUAUCGUGUAAAAAUGUAACUUAAAUUUUAAAGCUAGAAAAUCAAAAGAAAAAUUUGUCGGAUCUGCUUCUCAAUAAUUCUUGAAUAUUAAACGUCACUUGGCGAAAGUAUUUUUACUGGAGUAUAUUAGUAUCGCCAUUCGUGCAGAAAUACAAGCGAGGGACCGUGUCUAUUGACCUAAUAUUUUACAAUGAUACCAUUGUAAGACACAACGUUGGCUACACUGGGUUAGUUAUUAAUGCCGCCCCACCCGAUUUACGUUUUUUUUUUUAGUGAAUUUGAGGUUUCCAGCUCAAGCUGGAAUCGAGUUCUGGAAUCGAAUUAUUUAAGGAAGACUUCUUGGCAGGAACCAAGUUUUGUCUAUAGUCUGCUGGAAAUGAACGUCGAAGUCACGACUUUUUCUGCACUAGAAGAACGACGUGUUUUUUUCAAUUUAAAGUUUGUCUGUUCGACUUCGACGUGACUCAGAAAAUAAAUUGCAGCUUUUGUACUUUGAUUGAGAGAAGGUGGGGAUAAAUUCCGAAUUUUUUUAGAAUAAAUAGAUUAAAAUUCUUAGUAUUCAUUAUUUGCAUGGAAUAGCGUAACUAGGUCCAUCAAAAGAAACGCAAACUAACAAAAAAAAACUCGAAAACGCUCCUGUUUCAGUGCUGGCAGCAGUUUUCCAUAAAAUUAUAAUGCUUCAAUUCCAGUUAAAAAAAUCAAUAAAUCUUCAAGCCAGUUUCUUAUUUCACAAUCUCUUUUCCACAAUUGUACGAUUGCAAUAUUUUUAAACUCAUCCCUUUCUUCGUCUAUUCUUGUUCAUAGGUUCGAUAAAUCGCAAUAAUAUCGCGGUACAGUCACUAAAUCUGUUACCUCGGUUCUUCAAAAUAUUUUCCAGUAAUCUACAAAUCUCUUACUUCAUUUGCUUCAACACAAUAUUUCAGUAUUUAAGAGACCAACCAGAAAAGAUCGCUUUUUUUAAUCGUUGUUGUCAAUAAUUAACCAAUUCAAUUAAAAAAGUCGCGAUACAUCUUUUCCCAAUUGUCACUUGACUGUACAUAUACAAAUAAAUAAUUUUCAACCAGCUUGAUACGAAAUAAAGUCAAGAAAAAACGAAUCUUAAAACAUGGUUUUACAAGCUGAAGGAAUUUCGGGAAUGGAAUUUUUAAGAUUAGGAUUAGAUUUGUCUCAGUACAUUUUACUUUCAUCACCAUCAUUUCCUGGCGAUCGUUUGAAAGCAUGGGAAUGUGUGGAAGCGGUUACUGCUACUUCAAACAAUUUUU